AACUCCAAGGGCUCUGGAUCUUCUCCCCAUAAAUAUCUUUUUUUAGAAAAAAAACCUCAACGAACGACAGAGAAAAGAUCGAGUCCCAUUCUCCACUCGAUCUCUUGAGUUAGCAUCAAAUAAAAUUUAAAAAAAAAUGGAGAAGGGCAAGAGUUUGGCUCGUAAAUGGGCGGUACAAUUCGAGGAUCACUCCUACACAUCGGAUAUCGCCGAUCCUCCCGGAUUCAAUCGAUCUCCUCAUCAAGAUCCAGACGACGCGAACACGAGCCGUCAGAAAAAGGACGCCGAGGUCGCUUGGAAGUCGCAGAAAGCUUGGGAAGUCGCUCAAGCCCCUUUCAAGAACUUGAUGAUGAUGGGCUUCAUGAUGUGGAUGGCUGGAAGCACAGUGCACUUGUUUAGUAUUGGUAUCACAUUCUCAGCUCUUUGGCAGCCAAUAAGUGCCCUUCAAAGUGUGGGGAAAGUGUUUGAACCUUACAAAGAUUCAAAAGUAGACACUCUAGCACCCAAAUUAGUCUUCAUUGCCCUGAACCUCGCUGGGCUCGCGUUGGGCGUGUGGAAGCUAAACACACUUGGUCUUCUUCCAACUCAUGCAUCAGAUUGGGUUUCAUCACUAUCUCCUGCUCAGGAGGUUGAGUUUGCCGGCGGUGGCUUUAUUAACUGAUGCUUCUGCUGUACUUUUUCAACUAUUUGAAGCCAUAUCGGUAGCAUUCUUGCGUAUUUGAUGCUCUGCUGUUGGUGAUAAAAAGCACUAGCCUGAUCUGCGCUAGCAUAACUUCAAUAACUCGAGGUGCUCUGUUGGAUUCUUGCGUGGGAAGAAGCAUUAUGAUAAUAAUCAGCUACUACUGCAAUGUAUUUGUAUCACUAUCUACAUUAUUAUUUUUGUUGCUGUACGGAUUGAUUAGAGGACAAUAACGUAAACCUGACUGUAGUGUUUCUGCUGGCAAGACAAGCAGGAUACUUAUUUGUAUCCUGAGAUCUAGAAAAUGUAGGUAAAGGAUAAGUUUUGGCUUCAAUGUAUUAUUUCAUAUUCGAGAAAAUUCAUCUUUUUCCUUUUCUGGAACA